UGAGCAGAUUCAGUAGUCCAACGGUUAGGAUAAUUGCCUUCCAAGCAAUCGAUCCGGGUUCGACUCCCGGCGGACGCAGAACAAUAUUUUUUCACCUUUUUAUUUAGAACCAAUCAGGUUACAGGAAAUGUCAGCCAGGAACCAACCAGAUAUGUACCCGCCAAAACGAAUCCCUGACCUCAAAAGGGCAUUCUCGUCAAAUUCAAAAACGAGACGCUGAGACGACGCUUUCAGGUAUUCGUCGGUGGCUGCCGUCUUCCUGUCUUGGUUCCAUGGCCGGCGUUUGCAGCAGCGCUGUCAGGCCUCGCAUGAUCAGAUCCACAGUCGUUGAGCUCUCAUCCAGGCCUAACCGAACCGGACCUCCGUUUCCGGUGGUGCGGGUCUCGACGAAGAGCAACGGAGUACGAACGUCCAAAGAGGAAGGUCCGUCUUGCUUAUUUAUCGGACCGAUUGAAACCGCUAGCAAAGAAACCCUAGAAGCUCUAUAUCGCCAGGCUCGAGAUUCAUAUUACAGUGGGAAGCCUCUGAUUGUUGAUGACAUGUUUGAUAGAGUAGAGCUGAAAUUACGUUGGUAUGGUUCAAAAUCAGUUGUAAAGUACCCUCGUUGCAGUCUUAGGCGACAAUUGACUUAUGCAGAUGCAGAGGAAGAUCUAUCACAGGUUUUUGCAUUAGCAAGCAUAUGGAUCCUGAUUUUUGCACUCGGUAGUUCAGUCUGUCUUGUGCCUCUAAUCUACACCAUCAAUCUAGCUUAUCAAGAUCCAUUCAGUUCAGAAUUCUUCUAUGUCAGCCAAGCAUCUACUUGGGAGUUUCUUUCCACUGUAAAUGGAAUUCUCUACAUGGUUUUUGGGUCUGUGAUUGGGUAUCCAACUGCAUCAGCUGCUGUUCGGGUGCUUCAAAGACUCUGGAGAAAUGACUUGGUAGCACUGAAGGGGGCAUGCCCAAAUUGUGGAGAGGAGGUAUUUGCAUUUGUCAAAUCAGAUCAACCCCGUUACUCCCCCCAUCGAGCAGAUUGUCAUGUCUGUGAAUGCACUUUAGAAUUCCGUACCAAGGCUGAGAAAUCUGUUUCGACAUUAGGGAGAAGAUGGGUACAUGGUCGUGUAUACCUUGUCUCACGAAGAGAUAGAAGCCAGCGUCAAGUGUGGAUCUAAGGCUCUCUUAAGUUAUUGGCAUGAUAUUCAUAUCAUCUCAACUCACAAGUCAAUUAUGGAUAGAAACAUGAUUCUUUUGUCCUUAUUUUCUUCCUUUUUAGGGGGUAAGCCGUGACAAUCCCCUAGUGUUUUUGUUACAGUAGAAUGUAACGCUCGGUUUCAUGUAUUUUAGAAUGAAGUUAUUGCCACGGUAUGGCACAAAUGUUCUACGCAUAGCAGUGCACUGUCUUCCUUCAAUGCUAAGUAGUUUAUGAUAAUAUUACCAAAUUUUAAUAGAGCAUAGAGCCACUU